CGUAGCGCACAGUUGACUCAGUUCGCGCAAACUCUGUGGCCGUAAACCAGGCUCGCAGAUGCGAAAGUUCUCGCGGUGCCGGAAGUCCAGGGCACGUGACCGGGUGACAGCGCUCUCGGGACUACUGGGCUUGCUUUAGGUGUUGCGGCACGGGAUGGCGGAGGCGCCUCCUGUCUCAGAUACUUUAAAAUUCAAUACGGAUGCUGCUGAGUUCAUUCCUCGGGAGAGAAAAAAUUCUGGUCUAAAUUGUGGGAGUCAAAGGAGACUAGAUCCUAAUCGGAUUGGUAGAAGAAAUUACAGUUCACCACCUCCGUGUCACCUUUCCAGGCAAAUCCCUUAUGAUGACAUCUCUGCUUUUCAUCAGCACAGUUAUCAUCCUUCAGGAAGCAAACCUAAGAGUCAACAGACUUCUUUCCAAUCUUCUGCUUCUAAUAAAUCACUCAAGAGCCUUCAGAAUCAACCUGGGCAGAAACUGAGGAGUGAAAAGCAGCAUAUCAGAGUCAAGAGAGUACAAAGUCUCAUUGACCAGACCUCAGAUGCUGCUGGCUUAGAAAGCAGGGCCAGGUCAGAGAGUGGGACAAACCCUAGAGAGCACAGCCCUGCUGAGAGUGAGAAGGAAAUUGUCGGUGCGGAUCCCAGGGGAGCUAAACCCAAAAAAGCAACCCAGUUUGUAUACAACUAUGGUAGAGGACCAAAAAUCAAGGGGAAACUCAAAUGUGAGUGGGGAAACAGAAUGACUCCCAAACCUGAGGACACUGGACCUGAAAAUACCAAACCUGUGGGGGUUAUCCACCCUGACUCUUCAGAUACAUCCUUUAGAAAAGGAGUACUGGAUGGGUCUGGGGCCAGACGCAACGAGCAGAGAAGACAUCCACAGAAAAGGCCUCCCUGGGAAGUGGAGGGGGCCAGGCCACGACCAGGCAGGAAUCCACCGAAACAGGAGGGCCAACGACAUACAAAUGCAGGACUUAGAAACAACAUGGUCCCCAUUCCAAAGGAUAAUCUUAAUGAAAGACCAGCAAAAUCUAUUUGUGACAAUGGGAACUUGGCAGUCGUCAACAAGUCUUCCAGAAGGGUUACCCCAGAGAAAUGUGCCAUAAGGAGGCAGGAUCCUCAAGUAGCAUCUUUCCCCCGCGGCAAACAGAACCCUGUGCUAAAGAAUGUGGAAACACACACAGGUUCUCUAGUUGAACAGCUAACUACAGAAAAAUAUGAGUGCAUGGUAUGUUGUGAAUUGGUUCGCGUCACAGCUCCAGUAUGGAGUUGUCAGAGCUGUUACCAUGUGUUUCAUUUGAACUGCAUAAAGAAAUGGGCACGGUCUCCGGCAUCUCAAGCAGAUGGCCAGAGUGGUUGGAGGUGCCCUGCCUGUCAGAAUGUUUCUGCACAUGUUCCUAAUACCUACACUUGUUUCUGUGGCAAGGUAAAGAAUCCUGAAUGGAGCAGAAAUGAAAUCCCACAUAGUUGUGGUGAGGUUUGUAGAAAGAAACAGCCUGGCCAGGACUGCCCACAUUCCUGUAACCUUCUCUGCCAUCCUGGACCUUGCCCACCCUGCCCUGCCUUUAUGACUAAAGCAUGUGAAUGUGGACGGACCAGGCACACAGUUCGCUGUGGUCAGGCUGUCUCAGUCCACUGUUCUAACCCAUGUGAGAAUGUUUUGAAUUGUGGUCAGCACCACUGUGCCGAGCUGUGCCAUGGGGGUCAGUGCCAGCCUUGCCGGGUCAUAUUGAAUCAGGUAUGCUACUGUGGCAGCACCUCCCGAGAUGUGUUAUGUGGAACAGAUAUAGGAAAGUCUGAUGGAUUUGGGGACUUUGGCUGUUUAAAGAUAUGUGGCAAGGACUUGAAAUGUGGGAACCAUACAUGUUCUCAAGUGUGCCACCCUCAGCCCUGCCAACCAUGCCCACGGCUCCCUCAGCUGGUACGCUGUUGCCCUUGUGGGCAGACUCCUCUCAGCCAAUUGCUAGAACUUGGAAGUAGUGGCCGGAAAACGUGCAUGGACCCUGUCCCUUCGUGUGGAAAAGUGUGUGGCAAGCCUCUGCCUUGUGGUUCCUUAGAUUUUAUUCAUACCUGUGAAAAGCUCUGCCAUGAAGGAGACUGUGGACCAUGCUCUCGCACAUCAGUUAUUUCCUGCAGAUGCUCUUUCAGAACAAAGGAACUUCCAUGUACCAGUCUCAAAAGUGAAGCAGAUGCUACAUUUAUGUGUGACAAGCGGUGUAACAAGAAACGGUUAUGUGGACGGCAUAAAUGUAAUGAGAUAUGCUGUGUGGAUAAGGAGCACAAGUGUCCUUUGAUUUGUGGAAGGAAACUCCGUUGCGGCCUUCAUAGAUGUGAAGAACCUUGUCAUCGUGGGAACUGCCAGACAUGCUGGCAAGCCAGUUUUGACGAAUUAACCUGCCACUGCGGUGCAUCAGUGAUCUACCCUCCAGUUCCCUGUGGUACCAGGCCCCCUGAGUGUACCCAGACCUGCGCCAGAAUCCAUGAGUGUGAUCACCCAGUAUAUCAUUCUUGUCAUAGCGAAGAGAAGUGUCCCCCUUGCACUUUCCUAACUCAGAAAUGGUGCAUGGGUAAACAUGAGUUACGAAGCAACAUCCCGUGUCACCUGGUUGAUAUCUCUUGCGGAUUACCCUGCAAUGCCGCGCUACCAUGUGGGAUGCAUAAGUGCCAGAGACUCUGCCACAAAGGAGAGUGUCUUGUGGAUGAGUCCUGCAAACAGCCCUGCAUCACCCCCAGAGCUGACUGUGGCCACCCAUGUAUGGCGCCCUGCCACCUCAGUUCACCCUGCCCUGUGACUGCUUGCAAAGCCAAGAUCGAGCUGCAGUGUGAGUGUGGACGAAGAAAAGACAUCGUGGUUUGCUCUGAAGCAUCCAGUACUUAUCAAAGAAUAGCUGCUAUUUCCAUGGCCUCUAAAGUAACAGACAUGCAGCUUGGAGAUUCAGUGGAGAUCAGCAAGUUGAUUACUAAGAAAGAAAUUCACCAAGUCAGGCUGGAGUGUGAUGAGGAGUGUUCAGCCUUGGAAAGGAAGAAGCGGUUAGCAGAGGCAUUUUGUAUCAGCGAUGAUUCUGAUCCUUUCAAUGUACGUUCUUCAGUGUCAAAAUUCAGUGACAGUUUGAAAGAAGAUGCCAGGAAGGACUUAAAGUUUGUCAAUGACGUUGAGAAGGAAAUGGAAGCCCUUGUGGAAGCUGUGAAUAAGGGAAAGAAUAGUAAGAAGAGCCACUUCUUCCCUCCCAUGAACAGAGACCACCGCCGGAUCAUCCACGAGCUGGCCCAAGUGUACGGCCUGGAGAGCUUGAGCUAUGACAGUGAACCGAAGCGCAAUGUCGCGGUCACUGCAGUCAGAGGGAAGUCCGUUUGUCCUCCUAGCACGCUGACAAGUAUACUUGAAAAGGAAAUGCAGUCACGGCCUCCACCACCAAUUCCUCAUCACAGACAUCAGACAGACAAGAAUCCUGGGAGCAGUAAUUUACAGAAAAUAACCAAGGAGCCGGUAAUUGACUACUUUGAUGUCCAGGACUGAGAAGCUCAAGAUGCACUUAGAUGAAAGAAUGAUUUAGGUGGGGUGGAGACUCAUUUGCCAGCAGAUAAAUCAUGCUUGCUCCCAACUGCCUGGUGGACUCACAUACUGUCUUUUACUGAUGCAUCCAAAGCAUGAGUGUGUCAGAAAUCCCUUGUCCUCUAAUCCAUCUGUAUGAAGUGACUCAUUGCAGCCAGACCUUGACUGCAUGGUCACUAGGGAUUCGGUCAUGAUUUUGUAGAGGCUCCUCACACCUUCGCUGUGAUUGCUUGGAAGGUUGGGGGAACAUUGGGCUUGAUUCGGACAAACCAGAAUUUUAGCCUGAAAUCAGCUUAAUGGCACUUUUCAUGCCUCACUUGUCCCUGUUAUCCAUCCUCCUGAAAAUGCCUGCAACAUGAGAUGCAUCUCGCUUUCUUAACCCAGACUGAUCAUGAUCUUUGGAAAGAUACAAGUGAACUUCUCAGUCCAAAAUACCAGACAUUGAAUUGCUGCACCAUA